AUGCAUUUAGGGUUAGAUACGAGGGAAGGCAGACCAUCCCACUGGUCUGACGCCAACACUCUGGGGGUUAGAGCCAGCUUCAGAAGCGAUACCACUCCUGCGGUGCUCGUCUUAACUAAAUUGCGACCCGAAGACAGCGGUCAAUACCGGUGUAGAGUGGACUUCAUCAAAUCACCAACGAAGAACACCAGACUGAAUCUAACCGUUCUUAUUCCACCAGAGAGGCUGAUUAUCUUGAAUCAGGAGGGCAACGAGAUUAGAUCAGGUGUCGUGGGCCCAUACGACGAGGGCUCAGAAGUCAACCUCACUUGCGUCGCCAUUGGUGGUCGGCCGACCGCUCGAGUGUCUUGGUGGAAGUCGCAUUCGCUUCUUGCUAACUCUGAAGCCAGAGCUACCGUCUCGUUUAGGUUGCAGAGAUCCGAUUACGGAACAGACAUCACAUGUCAGAUCGGCAGCGCGCUUGUAGCUCCUCUGGUGUUGCAGGUGUCCAUGGGUGGCGGUAAUCACUCACCAUCAGGUGAUCCGUCUGCUCGUCUGCCCCCUGUCACAUAA